UAUUUUUUAUAUAAUAUUGAAUGUUUAUAUUUUACUAAAAUCAAUAAAAAAUUAACUCAAAAUGGAAGGAUUUGAUGAUCCAGGAAUAUUUUUUUCUGAUAACUUUUCAGUAAAUGAAUCUAAUGAUACUCAAACAAAUCUUCAAUUUUCAAAAAAAAAGUUUAUGGAAUUUAUUAGACAAUUUCAUGAAGGAAAUUUCAAUUAUAAAUAUAGAGAUAUCUUAAAACGUAAUUAUAAUUUGAGUCAAUAUUGGAUAGAAAUUAAUUUAGAAGAUUUAGCAGCUUUUGAUGAAUCACUGGCAGAAAAAGUACAUAAGCAUCCAACUGAAUAUUUACCUAUUUUAGAAGAGGCUGCUAAAGAUUUAGCAGAUGAACUUACAGCUCCAAGGCCAGAAGGCGAAGAAAAAGUUGAAGACAUACAAGUUUUAUUAUCUUCAGAUGCACAUCCAAGUUCCUUAAGAGGAAUCAAACCUGAUGCAGUUUCUAAACUUAUUAAAAUACCUGGUAUUAUCAUUUCGGCAUCUGGAAUUAGAGCAAAAGCAACAAAAAUUGCUAUACAAUGUCGUUCUUGUAGAAGUAUGCAAAGUAAUAUUUCAAUUAAACCUGGUUUAGAAGGAUAUGUUUUACCUAGAAAAUGUACAACAGAACAAGCAGGACGACCAAAAUGUCCACUGGAUCCAUUUUUUAUAAUGCCAGAUAAAUGUCACUGUGUUGAUUUUCAAGUUCUCAAAUUACAAGAAUUACCAGAUCAAAUUCCACAAGGUGAAAUGCCAAGACAUUUACAAUUGUAUUGUGAUCGUUAUUUAUGCGAUAGAGUUGUACCAGGCAAUAGAGUUCUUAUUUUGGGCAUAUAUUCAAUUAAAAAAGUUACUAAAACUACUGGUAAUAGAGGAGGAAAAGAUAAAGCAUUAAUUGGUGUUCGAGCGCCAUAUAUAAGAGUAAUUGGUAUUUCUAUAGAUGGAGAAAAUACAGGCAAUGGUUCUCAUUCUUGUGUUACAAAUGAAGAAGAAGAUUUAUUUAGACGUUUUGCAUCAGAUUCUAAUUUAUAUGAAAGAAUUGCAAAAAGUAUAGCUCCUAGUAUUUUUGGUGCAUUAGACAUAAAAAAAGCUAUAGCUUGUUUAUUAUUUGGUGGUUCUAGAAAAAAAAUGCCUGAUGGUCUUUGUAGAAGAGGAGAUAUUAAUAUUUUAAUGUUAGGUGAUCCUGGUACAGCUAAAUCACAAUUAUUAAAAUUUGUAGAAAGAAUUGCACCAGUUGCAAUUUAUACAUCUGGGAAAGGAAGUUCAGCUGCAGGUUUAACAGCAUCAGUAUUAAGAGAUCCCAUAACAAGAAAUUUUGUUAUGGAAGGAGGUGCUAUGGUUCUUGCAGAUGGUGGUGUUGUCUGUAUAGAUGAAUUUGAUAAAAUGAAAGAGGAUGAUAGAGUUGCAAUACAUGAAGCUAUGGAACAACAAACAAUAUCUAUUGCAAAAGCAGGAAUAACUACAACAUUAAAUACUCGUUGUUCUGUUUUAGCAGCAGCAAAUUCAAUAUUUGGACGUUGGGAUGAUAUAAAAGGAGAAGAAAAUAUUGAUUUUAUGCCAACAAUUUUAUCACGUUUUGAUAUGAUAUUUAUUGUUAAAGAUGAACACGAAUUAAAUAAAGAUGUAACAUUAGCAAAACAUGUAAUGAAUAUUCAUUGCAAUGCUACACAAGUUACAGAACAAUCUGCCGAAGGAGAAUUACCAUUGCAUAUUUUAAAAAAAUACAUUCAUUAUUGUAGAACUCAAUGUGGUCCAAGACUAAGUAAAGAGGCAGGAGAGAAAUUAAAAAAUCGUUAUGUUGUAAUGCGAGCAAAUACUAGAGAACAUGAAAAAGACACAGAAAAAAGAUUAUCCAUUCCUAUAACAGUUCGUCAGUUAGAAGCUAUUAUAAGAAUUUCGGAAUCUUUAGCUAAAAUGCAAUUGCAAUCUUUUGCUACAGAAAUUCACGUGAAUGAAGCACUUAGGCUUUUCCAAGUAUCUACUUUAGAUGCUGCAAUGUCUGGAUCAUUAGCUGGUGCAGAAGGAUUUACCUCGGAUGAAGAUCACGAAAUGUUAUCACGUAUUGAAAAACAAUUGAAACGUAGAUUUCCUAUUGGGAAUCAAGUAUCAGAGCAAAAUAUUGUUAAAGAUUUUGUAAAACAAGCAUAUCCAGAACGUGCUAUUUACAAAGUUAUACAUACAAUGAUACGACGUGGGGAACUUCAACACCGUAUGCAACGUAAAAUGCUAUAUAGAUUACAUUGAAAUAAUUGUAAUUCAUCCUUAAAUGGAUAAUGUGGAUGAUUCUCAACCCUAAAGCAAAUCAGAUAAAAGAAUUUUAUAUUUUUAUAUUCUUUGGAAUGAAGUAUUUUUAAUAAAUAUAUUUACCCCUUAAAAAACAAAAAAU